GCGUUCAAACACAUUAACAAUUUAAAAAAAAACAAAGUACAUUCGGAAACUUGAAACAUUUUAAAUUAAAAAAAUUAAAAAGUCCGUUCCAAAAUAAAAAUAAAAAUACUGUGAUUAUAAUAGUUUGUUAAGUGAUUAUAAUUGUGAAUUUUAUGACAAAGUGAUGUUUGAUACGUUCAAAGCGCAAUUUAAAUUAAAAUGGCGUCAAUAUUUAGCAGCAUCAUUAGCAAGCUACGGCAGCCUGUGCACGGGGAUGUCCAUGGGCUGGACGUCCCCCGUGAUGCCUCUCCUCAGCGGUCCAGACAGCCCCUUGGCAGUGCCACCUACUCACCAGCAAGAAUCCUGGAUCGGGUCGCUUCUAGUCCUGGGCGGACUGUUCGGUCCUCUCAUCACGGUCCCCCUCUCCAAGCACGUCGGUCGCCGCUGGAUCAUCAUCGCCACUAAUCUGCCACUCCUCCUUGGGUGGUUACUAGCCGGUGUGGCCACCAAUUUACCAACGUUGUAUGUCGCUCGGCUCAUGUGGGGAUGCGCUACGGGGAUGAUGUUCGCCACUAUACCGCUGUAUAUUGGAGAGAUUUCUGAGGACGCAAACCGAGGCGCCCUAAGCGCUCUUUUCCUCCUCUUCAUCAACGUCGGUUUCCUCUUAGCGUACGCCAUCGGACCUUUCACGUCUUACUGGGGCCUGACUGCUGCUGGUGGAAUCCUGUCGUUAUUCUACGUACCUUUUACCUGGUAUCUACCUGAGACGCCCUUUUAUCUGGUCUGGAAAGGCCACACAGAAGAAGCCUCAAAGGUACUCCAAAGCUUACGAGGAUCGUCAAAAGACGCAGUGCAAGCAGAGUUGGAUGGACUGCAAGCCAUGGUAGCUCGGGAGUUCAAGGAGGAACCCAGGAUUAAGGACCUGUGGGCUACCAGGGGUAACGUCAAGGCGUUAGGUAUCUGCGUGUUCCUAGCUAUGCUGCUGCAACUAUCCGGAAUCGACGUAUUACUCUUCUAUAUGGAGGAGCUGUUGAAGAAAGUCGGGACCAAGAUGUCGGCUGCCAACGGGACCAUCCUCAUGGGCUGUGUUCAGGUCAUAACAAGCUGCAUCACUCCGCUGGUGGUGGACAGGCUCGGCAGAAAGUUUCUCAUGUGGACCACUUCGCUUGGGCUUACCAUUUUCCUGUUCCUGAUCGGAGUGUACGCAGUUCUGGACCUGCACUUCAAGGUGGACGUCAGCUCGUUUGCCGCGGCGCCGCUCGUCUGUCUUGUCUUCUACAUGAUUCUGUUCACUUUAGGUGUGGGCCCAGUGCCAUGGAUCCUUGUAGCGGAGAUGUUCCCCGUGCGAACCAAGUGCCUAGCCAGCGGCAUUGCUUCAUUCAUGUGCUGGCUCGCUGGAUUUGUAUGGACAAGAUUCUUCCGCGAAGUAGAGGCGUCGUACGGCAUCUACACGGCGUUCUGGAUCCUGGCGGUGUGCUGCGGCUUCGGGUUCAUAUUCUCGGCCGCCUUCCUGCCCGAGACCAAGGGCAAGACCUUCGAUGAGAUACAGGAGAUGCUUAACAAGUCUAAUAAUGAGGAGGAGCCUAAACCAGUUGAUGUCUAAAAAAUAUAAUUAAGAAAUUAUUUAUAGAAUUUGUUCUAUUGUUAUAACCCGUAAUUGUUUUAUACC